UUUGGUCGUCCUGGUGUGGAUUGUCACGUACGUCAUGAUAGCGACACUGCAGUUCUGCAACUCAUGUUUCUUGUUAAUGAGGGUGCUUUAGUCAGUGUGUGCGCUGAUGACAGUUUGCACUUAUGGAACCUCAGACAGAAAAGACCAGCAAUACUUCAUUCACUGAAAUUCAACAGAGAAAGAAUAACAAACUGCACCCUUCCAUUCCAAAGCAAGUGGUUGUAUAUAGGCACAGAGAGAGGCAACGUUCAUGUGGUUAACAUCGAGUCAUUCGUACUCUCUGGCUAUGUCAUCAACUGGAAUAAAGCAAUUGAAUUGUCGCGGAAGACACAUCCUGGGCCUGUUGUUCACCUGAGUGAUAACCCCAUAGAUGCUAAUAAGCUACUGAUUGGAUUCGAGACUGGUGCAGUGGUCCUGUGGGACCUGACAACCAAGAUGGCGGAGCAACGGUUUAACUGUAGCCAACCGGUGCGCUGCGUCUCCUGGCACCACGAAGGAAAGCAGUUCAUUGUCAGUCAUACUGAUGGCACCCUCACGAUGUGGAACCUCAAAAAUGCUGCCAAACCUGCAAAUAUCAUCUCCCCACAUGCUAAAGUGCCCGUCAAAGGGCUGAAACCUGAGCCGUGUACACCGGUACUCAAAGUAGAAUGGAGGUCAGUGAAAAACGGGGACCCAUUCAUUCUGUUUUCAGGGGGAUUACCGUACGAUAAAGCUAAUAGUACACCAAGUAUAACCAUCAUGCAGGGCAAGACAACCACCGUGCUAGAAAUGGAACAUACCGUCAUAGACUUUCUUUGUCUGUGUGACAACCCCUGGCCAAGCAAUCCCCAGGAGCCAUAUGCAGUGGUGGUGUUACUGGAGAGUGAUCUAGUGGUAGUAGAUCUAACGUCACAAGGUUAUCCAUGCUUUGAGAAUCCCUACCCAAUGGAUCUACAUGAGUCUCCAGUUACAUGUGUGCAGUACUACGCCGACUGCCCAUCCGAUCUUAUACCACAUCUGUAUUCAGCUGGAGCUAAUAGCCUCAAUCGCAAGAAACAACUCUAUAGUAAAAAGAACUGGCCAGUGAAAGGCGGAGGAUGGGGAAGUGGGGGAAGCAGUGAGCAGGAAAUUGUUAUCACUGGACAUGCAGAUGGUACAAUCAAAUUCUGGGAUGCAUCGCGAGUUAUGUUACAAGUACUGUACAAGCUGAAGACUGCCAAAGUAUUUGAGAAGAAGAAGCAAGCUCGUAGUUUAGAUGGUGAUGAGGAGCCCUUUGCUAUUCAGAUGGUUAAACUUUGUCAGGAAAGCAGGUUACUAGCGGUGGCAGGAGCAAGUGGUCAUGUUAUUUUGUAUAGGUUCAGUAGAUUGGAAGUCACUACAGAGUUAUCGGUUCUGGAGAUUGCUAUUGUGUAUGAACCCGAGGAACCGGACACCCCAGAGGCUGAGACUCCGCCCCCUCCUCCACCCACCCCACUUAAGCGCAACACCAGUACAGUCAGCGCGAGCUCUGUAGCUAGUGCAAUGAGUGCACCUUCUCUAGUCACACAGACAACGUCUGGUGGGGCUACAGCAGGCAGUGGACCAGCUAGUGGUAACCAGGUGACGAGUACCAGCUCAGGAGACGGAAUAAGAGAUAACGUUCCAAAUUUAAAGGUGAAAGGUGGAGCGCAUAAACGGUCUUCAGGAUUUCAGGCUGAUUUGUGCUGUCAGCUGGUAUGGGUUGAUGGUGAAGCUCCAUCUACUAUAACUGCUGUGGAAAUCAACUCAUGUUAUGGACUCCUUGCCUUUGGUACUGUGUCUGGCCUUGUCAUUGUGGAUUACCUUCAGAAGACAUGUCUACUUAACAUGGGAACCCCAGAUCUGUACGGCUCGGCAGAUCCCUACACAAGAACCCCACGGUCGCCCAAGAAGAGUAAACCGCAGGGUUUGGGCGAUAUUGUGGAACAGUACAUGGCUGAUCCAGAGAGAUGUAAAUCACCAACAAGUAGCUCUGGUGAACAGCAGAACGGUGUUUGUGUGAGUCCCACUAGUAGCAACAAUGCUCGUAAACAGGGCCGCAAUAACCACGACCCAGCCCAGCUCAAACGCACUGCAAACAGAUCUCCGCCAACCCCUCCUCCCAGUCCAAAGGAGGGGCCUGACGGGGGUAGAGUGGAUCCCACUAGCACCUUCCACUUCGGGCAUCUGAUCAAAUAUGUCAUAUCUAGCCUUAGCAUGAACCCAUCCGUUCUCCACGUGCCGUAUCGCAGCGAAGGUUCUUUUACCCGUUCAAGGAGCUCUAGUAUGUCCAGCCUUGAGAAGGAGGCAAGAGAAGGAGUACAGUGCUUGACAUUUGCCGAGUCUUACACAAGAAAAACUGAGUCUGUGACGUCACCGUGUGUUUGGGUUGGGACUACUCUGGGCUCGGUCCUCGUGAUUGUUAUUAACUUGCCUCCGCCCGGAGAGCAGCGCUAUACUCAACCUGUUAUCGUCACACCCAGUGGAACCAUAUUACGUCUAAAGGGAAGCACAUUACUGAUGGAAUUCUUGGAUUGUAAUGGUAGCUUGAUUACUCCGCCACAUGAACCAUGGAAAGAUAUCAACAGAGAAACAAAAGAUGUCCGGGAAAAGAGGCCACCAUUGUUACAGCGAAGUCGAAUGUCUCCUUCCUCAUCCACUGAAAUUGCAGAUCGGCAGUUUGUUAUCAUCAGCUCUGAGAAAGAAGCAAAGGUAAUAUCGCUACCAUCUCAAACAUGUGCUUAUAGAGUCAAGGUAGCAGAGUCCUCAUAUGUAGUAAGAGCAGACGUCAUCAGCUUACAUAAUAGCGUUUGUCUGGCAUGCUAUGUUGCCAAUGGCCACAUCAUGGCGUUCAGUCUGCCCAGUUUUAGAGUUCUGCUGGACCACGACUACCUUCCACUUACCGACCUCAGGAUCGGACGGACAUUCCAAUUUAGCUCUCAUGGUAAAGGAGUCUACCAAGCUAGUCCCACAGAGCUACAAAGGAUAACAAUAUGCAGUGAAGCAAGUGAGAAUCUUCAUGAUAUGUUAGGGGACUUGUUCCUUCCAGUCAACACUCCAGAGGCUCCGACCAAAGGCUUCUUCAGAGGCUUGUUUGGUGGUGGAGGCAGCCAGUUAGACAGAGAAAACCUAUUUGGGGAGUCAAGUGGUCGUCCAUCACGUAGUAUCGCCAGACACAUCCCCGGUACUGGAGGUUUAGAAGGUGUCAAAGCUAAUUCCAGCUCAGCGGCUGGGGAACUCUAUAAAGCACGCAUUGCCCUCCAUGAGAGAGGUGAGAAGCUGAGUGAGCUCGAGGAACGCACUGCUCAGAUGAUGGCCAACGCAGAGAACUUCUCCACUGGGUCUCAUCAACUUAUGCAGAAGUACAAAGACAAAAAGUGGUAUCAGUUCUGAUGUAGUCAUCGCAAUCUCGGAGCUUUCUCAAUGAAGAUUGAAGAAGACUUGUACAUCAUGGUCACCUUUCAUCCACUCAGUACUACGGGGAAUUGUGUACAUGUAUAAAGCGAUUUAUCAACCAAAAGUGGAAGGCAAGAAGAUUCUCCUCGAUCAUGCUGAAAACGAAUUUGUGUAACAGGGAUGAACUUGACAUAAUAGUGUACAGAGAAGUGAAUGGCAAGUUGUUAUUGUCAGUAUUGACUGACAUUGCGACCGGGGAUCGUGUAGCGUUGUAAGCAGUCUAGUGACUUGUACUGGUUACCGUAUAGCUAUCAGGAAAUGAAUUGGUAAAAGCCGUCUUUUCAUAUUGGAGUUUGUCAGUUCUGAUUAAAUUGCAUAAUGAAUCAAAAUAACAGCAAUGCAUUUGAUAUGGUUAGCUCGUGCGAUAUGAUACGCAGAUGUAGCAUUUGGCUGGCUCUUGGGUAGCACACAGAAGAGACCCUGUGUUGUAGGACAAUGUGCAAACUGGAACGUGUGUUGGUUUUCCUUUGCUGUAAGUGCAAAAAACAAACACACAUUUUGUAGUAGUUACGCAUCAAAGAUUGUGUGUUAUGGGACUUGUAGUUUCUGAACCAAGGUAAUUGUGAAACGGGAAAUGACGAGAGUAACGACCAACUCACACGUGGAGUUCUAAUGUAUAAUGAAAACAUCAUUUCUUUUGCAUGCAUUUUUGUAGUUGAGUUGUUGGUUUUCUCAACGUUGAUUAUAGGGCUGUCAUUGUCGGAGAUCUAAACAUUCCAUUUGUUAUUUGAAUGUCAUAAUGAGUCAACCAUCAUGAUGUGAUGCCAGACACGGACAAAUCAGAGUCCAAAGGUCUAGCUGGUUCUUUAUACAGUGUUUAAAACCUGGCGCUGUUUUCAUAUAUUUUUGUUGUGUGUAUAUAUAAAUGUUGUGAGGGCAUAUCUACAGUUAGAUUUAGAUGUGCAUAGUGGACAAAGAGACAUUUAGGGUACGUGCAAUAGGUCUUCAAGUUCCAAAACACUAGUUGUUGGUAUAUCUCUCCAUCUCAUUAAACAAAAAUGAAGAUAUAUUUAUUGUCUUUGAUCCGGGCGAAGAAAAAAAAAAACUUUAUAGAGGCGACUGUUAUAUGUCCCUCACUAAACUAAAAAAAAAAUAUCACGAUAAUAAAUUAAUAUUUAAUGAUAAUGUUGAGACUCAUUCCUCUUUUUGUUACACUGCUGUUGCAGGGCAUACUUGUAAAGGACUAAAUUGAUUAUUGUGAAAUGUGGACAUUGUAGACAAUGAAUACUAAUAGCUAACCACUCGGUUUUCUAGCUAGACAAUUUUUUGGUACUUCUGACGGAAGGCCUAAACGACAGAUAGCAAAGACUGGCCUCUUGUAAAUAGACUAUGAAGAAUUCCAAUAAUCAACUCUAAACAAACACUAUUAUAUGACUGUAUAGAACCAUGUGUUUAGACUAGAAUUUCAGCUGCGAAUAAAAUGAAUUACAGUACCUAUAUAAAAAUAUAAAUAUAUAAAUAUAUAUAAGCUUCUGGAUCAAGGGGAAGCAAAUUGAGGUUUGGUGCAUAAAUGUAGCUGUUUUGUCUUUAUGAUUAUUAAUCCAUACUGUGUUAUAAUAGAUUACCACACAAUCAACCCAACAUUUUAAUGAGUUGAUGUCGCUGUACUUGUACGAGCAGCCAUUAUCAGACUCCAUAUCCAGUAGCAUUCCAAUUUUUCAUUUUUUACAGUAACUGCCGUUGUAGUUUACCCCCCCCCCCCCCCUCCCUCCC